AAAACAGCAGAAGAAGGAAUGAGGAAGCUGCUUUACAGACUUUUUCCCCCUUAAACACAGAACCAGAAAUCAGUUCAGCUAAAGAGAAACUGUGUAGUGUAGUUGUGUCUCUGUAUUCAAGCAGUAAAAUGGCAGAAGCCAGAUUUUCUCAGGAUGAGUUGAUGUGUCCAGUGUGUCUGGAUCUCCUGAAGGAUCCGGUGACUACUUCCUGUGGACACAGUUACUGUAAGAGCUGUAUUACAGGCUGCUGGGAUCAGGAGGAUCAGAAGAGAGUCUACAGCUGUCCUCAGUGCAGACAGACCUUCAGUACAAGACCUGCUUUAUCUAGAAACACCAUGCUGACUGAACUGGUGGAGAAACUGAAGAAGACCAAACUCUCUGCUGAUUGUGACGCUGGAGCUGGAGAUGGAGAUGUUCAGUGUGACGUCUGUACUGGAAGAAAAUACAGAGCCGUCAAGUCCUGUCUGGUGUGUCUGGAGUCUUACUGUCAAACUCAUUUUGAGCGGCAUGAGGAGUUUCAUUCACGUAAACCACACAAAGUGACCGAAGCCACUGGACGACUGCAGGAGAUGAUCUGCCAGAAACAUGAGAAGAUCCUGGAGGUUUUCUGCCGCACUGAUCAGACAUGUAUAUGUUUGCUCUGUAUGGUAGAUGAACAUAAAAAUCAUGACACUCUAUCUACUCCAGCUCAGAGGACAGAGAAACAGAUAUUUAACACUAGACCGAUCCUCGCGUGCCACCAAUCUGCCGUGGAUAUAGUCUCAGCCUGCUCGUCGGCCUCGGGUUCUGGACAGGGCCUAGUCUACUUCGGCACAUCAACUGCCUAGAGCUACUGGCAGUGCAUCUAGCUCUGCAGCACUUCAGGCCGCCGCUGCAAGACAAGCGCGUAUUUGUCCGUACAACACUGCGACUGUAUCGUACAUCAACCAUCAAGGGGGUUUACAGUCACACCGCAUUUCACAGCUCUGGAGUCAGUCGUAGUUCA